CAUACAUGUGGUAAGAGGAUUUAAUUUCUCUUCAACUGAUUUGUCAAAUGAACCGCGGAGGCGCGAUUUGCAACGCGGGAAAUAUUUACAGAAUUAGGACAUUCACUGUAUCCACAUUGACAGUGAGAACAUCGGACCUUAUUUUUUUUUUAAAUGAGUACUUAUUUUUGCUAUUGUUAACAAGGAAGUGUGGCGUGGUUUUCAACGUCAUUGGAAAUGAAUAAUAUUUUUACUCCUGAUUGAAUAGCUGCAUUUUGUAGGACACAAAGUCUUAUUGCUGCGUUACCACAUUUCUGUUAGAAGGCUAUUCUGCUAGAAGCUACUUCAUAGCAAAGCUGGCUAAACUUAUUUAGCCUAUAUUUGGAUGACGAGUGAUUCCUGAGUAUUGUAAUAUCUUUUAUAUUUUAUCAGCUUUAAACACUCGUUUUUCAUCUCAACGAUGGCGGAGAGCAAGCACCCUCAAGUAAUUUUUUGCAACGACUCCCCAAAAAGGGUCUUGGUUUCAGUGAUCAAGACCACCCCGAUCAAGCCCAGGAAGAGUGAGUGUCUAAUGCCAACCAGCCCCGGAUUCAGCGACUUCAUGGUCUACCCGUGGAGGUGGGGGGAAAAUGCCCAUAAUGUGAGCCUUAGCCCGGGCUCGGUAAACGGGGCUGCCUCCCCUACUGGGACCAACACCGCCAGUGAGGCAGAGGCAGAUCUUGCUUCCUCCUCGGAUCAGAUGAAGGACAGUAUUCGUCGUGGCCGCCCACGUGCUGACACUGUCCGUGAGUUAAUCAAUGAGGGAGAGAGCUCCUCCAGCCGCAUCCGCUGCAAUAUCUGCAACCGUGUGUUCCCCAGAGAGAAGUCUCUACAGGCCCACAAGAGAACACACACAGGGGAGAGGCCAUAUCCCUGUGACUACCCAGACUGCGGCAAGGCUUUUGUCCAGAGUGGCCAACUAAAGACCCACCAGCGCCUGCACACUGGAGAGAAACCCUUUGUGUGCUCUGAGAAAGCCUGCAGCAGUCGCUUCACCCACGCUAACCGACACUGCCCAAAGCACCCAUAUGCCCGUUUGAAGAGAGAGGACCCCAAAGAGGGACCCGGCAAGGCCCAGGCUGUGGACAAUCAGGCUGUGGCAGAAUGGCUGGCAAAAUACUGGCAGACCCGUGAGCAACGUGCCCCUGUGCCCGCCAAGGGAAAAACCCCAGGCAAGGACGGAAUGGAGGACCAGGAGCAGCAAGAUCCUCGGGAGUUCGUCCAAUCAGAUGACGAAGAGGAGGAGCCAAUGGAGGAUGAGAAGGGAAGCGGGGGUGGGGCCGCCAGGCGGCGCCUCCAAGAGCAACGGGAACGUCUCCACGGUGCCCUGGCACUCAUCGAGUUGGCUAAUAACCUGUCUGGCUGAAAACCCGCCCACAUCCUUGUCCACAAACCCCUCCCCCUGUCAGUCCCUGUCCGCCUCCCUGUGCAGUGUGCUCUGGAUAGAAGUUUGCCUGUAGGGAAACACAGCUAGGAUCCGCUUACCCUCCACAAAUACUUAACCAUUAAAGGGGGGCGGGGGGGACGCCAGGCGGGGGAGAGUCCUUCUCCAAGUGCCGUGUUGGGCAGGCACAACCUAAAAGCACCUUAUUCAGCUUUCAUUUGUAUCCUUAUUAGGCUGCUAUGAUUGUAGAUCAAUAUAUGAAGAAUGUUUUACUCUCCACUGGCUUCAAAAGACAGUUAGAGGGUACUUUAAUGUUUGUUUUUUUGUUUGUUUUUGUUUGCACUUUGGUUGUAACGAGUUAUUUGUCAUGUCUUUUUACUUUCGAAAAUAGGUGUUUUGUGUGUAAGAGUGUGUGGGUUUGCAAGUUUUUAUAAUGGAUUCAUAUGUGGAUUUAGCUCAGAUGGAAAGAGUUCUACAGGGUGCAUUCAGAUCAGUGCAGCUGAUUGGAAGAGGUCACUGUAGGGACCGGACAUGACUAUUGAGAUUGUUUGGAGAAGUGGUCAUUGCAAGCCUAAUCUAGAGUAGAAGCUAGGCGCAAGCUUUAAAAAGGAUCCAAGCUCCAACACCUUCGCCUGUCAAACGUAUCACAGCCACGGCCUAUAGCUCCGACCCAGGAGACGGCUCUGGUCCCAUAGUCACAGAUGGAGUUGACUUGGUUCCAUCUCCGCUCCUAAAAACCUGAUUCAAACGAUCGUACUCUCAUUUAGACCAUAGGUAUGAGUCAGGUGUGGUAAUGCUGGCCUGGACACAAACGUGUGUCCACAGCUGGCCUGGAGUUGGCCAUCCCUGCUCAAACCAAAUCACAUUGCCAGACGGAAGGAGAUGUAGAAUGUAAAAUGUUAUCAUCUUUUAUAUUAAAAGAUGUUAGCUGAUUGGAGAUAUACACAUACUAGCUUUAUAAAUAAAUUUGAUUGAUUGAUUUGAUUGACGUACAAGUUCUCUGUAAUCAACGUUUUCUAGGUAUUUAUUUAAUGUUUAUUUGUCCUUUUUGAUAACAAUGAUAUUCUCACAAGCUGUCUUCGAGGACUGACAUUGUUCCAUGGGAAAGUUUAUUGAUCAUCGCCUCACUGAAAAUAUUUAGUAACUCUCUACUUCAACUAAUAGCCAUUAGAAUAUCAUCCCCUUUGCUGCGGCACUUGUAUCCAUCUGCUAAUAUUUUUUUCAUUAAUGGAUUAAGCUUGCAAUGUGAAAAUGUUCCACUUAUCAGAUUGGGCUAGGGAAAUGGCACUUGAUUCGACAAAAAGUGAGAAUGUAAUAAUUGCCUGGAGAUGUUUUAUUUGUUAGCAGCACUACAUCUUAUAACAUUGUUUAAAGUUUUUACGAUAAAUGGCUAAUUGUCUGUAAUUAUCUUUUAAUUGUCAGACUGUUCGUAAGUAAUGAAAUACAGUAUGUCAGAUUUCUCUCUCACUGGGCACUGCUCAACAGGAAAAUACUUUCACUUAAUGUGGGAAAACAUUGGAUUUGCUAAGUCAUCAACAUUAAGGAGUUUGGGGAAUUGUCUUUUUUCACCCACUUCACCCACUAUGUUUUUUUGGUUGGUUUUCAAGUGGAAUUCACAUUAGCUAAAAACUCACUUAAAUGUAACUUCAAAAUAUAUAUUGGAUUGACAUGCCCAGUGGGAUGAUAUCUUGUCCAUGUUUUUAAUUAAGGUUAAACUGGAAGACAAUGCUUUUGUUGGUAAAGCACCAAAGGAUUUAUUACAGUCAAGUAAAGUGUAUGUAUUGUUUUUUUCCUUUAACCCUUUAUUAGGUAUAAAAUAAGCAGUUAAUAUAUUCCAUGGCUUAGGAAAAAAGUAAAUAAAGUAAUAAUAAUAAUCUGCACACAAUCUAUAGUACAAGGCCCUUGAAGAUGAUGUUAAGACAAUUAUGAAAUUGACUUCCUCUCACACCAUGAGUAUAGUUGGCAUUAUGUGUUUUUGGCCUUGAAAUGUUCUGACAACCUGAUGUGAAAAGCAGAGUUCCUCUGUAUAGGCAGUCCGCACUGUUGGUACUUGUUGAUCUUUAAUAAACACCAUAACUGAUCAUGAUCCAGGAGCCAGUUGCAAUCCAUCAAGUUUAUUCAUCUGUUAUAGUUUGGUAGAAUUACUACACUGCAGUUCCGUUGUUUUAUACAACCCCGUUUCCAAGAAAAUACUGCAGAGACACAUCAAAUGUUGAAACAGAAAUGUUAUUGUUUCUUGAAAAAUAUAUACCCACGUUGACUUUGAUGCCAGCAACACAUUUAAAAAACAUUGGGAGAGGCAACAAGACUGGAAAAGAUUGUGUAAUGCUAAGAAACUAAACCUGGUGUAAUAUCACAACUACACUGAACAAAAUUAUAAACGCAACACUUUUGUUUGCCCCUAUUUAUCAUGAGCUGAACUCAAAGAUC